AUGAGCCUUAUAUUUGACCAAGAUGGUCUUUCGAGAUCACUUUCAAAUUCACCACCAACUCAUUACACUCUAACAAUAGAGUCAUUUUCGAUGCUAACUGAAAAUUCAGUGGAUACAUAUGAGUCUGGGGAGUUUGAUGCUGGAGGAUACAAAUGGAAACUGGUGGUGUACCCAAAUGGAAACACGAAGAAGAAUGUAGAAGACCACAUCUCUGUCUACUUAAAAAUGGCAGAAGCAAAUUCACUUCAGACUGGUUGGGAAGUAUCUGUUGAUUUUAGAUUGUUUUUGCUUGAUCAGAAUAAGGGAAUCUACUUAGUUCUUCAGGAUGCUAAUAUGAACAAGAUGUGCUUGCACGGGGCGAUGCUCCAAGUGGGUUUUGAUAGAGUUAUCCCUCUGAAUGCAUUUUCUGUUGCUUCCAAUGGCUAUCUCAUUGAUGAUACCUGUGUUUUUGGAGCCGAGGUCUUCGUUUGCAAAGAAAGAAGAGCGGGCAAGGCAGAGUGUCUGUCAAGGAUCAAAAAGGCUUUUAUGAACAAGCAUUGUUGGAAGAUUGAGAGUUUUUCAACGUUAUUAUUUUCCAAUGCUUGCAAUCAGAACUAUUCACUGCAGGAGGGCAGAAAUGGUAGGAAGAUAGAGCUCUAUCCCAAGGGAGAUGGCGAUGGAGAGAAUACUCAUGUUUCUGUUUACUUAAGUUUAUUAGCUAAUCCAGAAAAGCUAUCUCCUGGCUCCCAAUUACUUACAGAGUGUACUGUGCGCAUCGUAGAUCAACUGAACGGCAAGGAUAAGAGUCGGGAAUUGAAUCAUGCAUGGUUCAGUGCCUCGAGUUCGUCUUGGGGUUGGCCUUGUUUCAUUAAAUUGGACAGUUUCAAAAUGUUAGACAACGGUUAUUUGGUGAAGAAUACUUGCUUGGUCGAGGCCGAGGUCACUGUCCAUGGAAUUGCCAAAGCAUUAUUAGAGCCAACUGACGAUUAA